GUACACCAAAAUAACCGGCCAAGCAAGAGUCGAAGUCUCCUGUCCUUUAGGUUCCGGCCCCAAACGACCACAGGACACACCGACCGCCAGACAUGAAGUCGGCUGCGCGCCUCUUUUAUUUGUCCAUCUUCGCUCUCUGGGGACCCCGGGGCCAAUGUCAAAGCUCAGACUCGUCCUCUCAAGAUAUCUCACCAAAAGCCAUCGUCAGUGAUGCAUGCGCUUCCUACUCGACCCUCGAGCGGUUGAACCGCAAUGUCAAGCCGGCCCUUGACGAAUUGACACAGACAACCGACUUCUUCUCGCAUUACCGGCUAAACUUGUUCCACAAGAAAUGCCCCUUUUGGAAUGACGAGAAUGGCAUGUGCGGAAACAUUGCCUGCGCCGUCGAGACGCUCGACAACGAGGAGGACAUUCCGCUAGUGUGGCGAGCCAGUGAGCUAGGCAAGCUCGAGGGCCCGCGCGCGAGACACCCCGGAAAGAGCGUGCAGAAGGCACUGCCCCUACGGCCGCUACAGGGUAGCCUAGGGGAAGAUGUUGGUGAAAGUUGCGUUGUCGAAUACGAUGACGAGUGUGACGAUCGGGAUUACUGCGUGCCCGAAGAUGAAAGUGCGGCCUCCAAGGGUGACUAUGUGAGCUUGUUGCGCAAUCCGGAACGCUUCACCGGCUAUGCUGGCGACGGGGCCAAGCAGGUCUGGGACGCCAUCUACAGAGAGAACUGCUUCCAGCGGAGCUCAUUCCCCAAUUCCGCAAAACUCGGCCGGGACACGUCACCCAGGGGUCCGGCGGCGAUGGACUUCAAGGCUGUGAUCGAGGCUGCCGGCCGGCAGCAAGUCCUGGAACAAGAGCGGCAACACAGUCCUCUGACCCCGUUCGUGGCGAAGACGGGAUUGGAGUACGAAGACGAGUGCCUCGAGAAGCGAGUCUUUUACAGGGUCGUUUCAGGCAUGCACGCAAGCAUCUCGACCCACCUGUGUUGGGAUUUUCUCAACCAGACGACUGGGGAGUGGCAGCCGAACGUCGGCUGCUACGUUUCUCGCCUGCACAAAUUCCCCGACCGCAUCAGCAACUUGUAUUUCAACUAUGCGCUCGUCACGCGCGCUGUCGCCAAGCUUAAGCCCUAUCUGUCCCAGCAACAAGAUUACACUUUUUGUAUGGGCGACCCUGAUCAGGACGCGGUGACACGCGCCAAAGUCAUGGCAGUUGCGGAGAAGGCGGCAAGUGUUCCACAAAUCUUUGACGAGAGCCUCAUGUUUAAGAACGGCGAGGGACCGUCUCUGAAGGAGGACUUCCGCAACCGCUUCCGCAACAUUAGCCGCCUGAUGGACUGUGUUGGCUGUGACAAGUGCCGUCUCUGGGGCAAGCUCCAGACAGCUGGCUACGGGACGGCCCUCAAGGUGUUGUUUGAGUUUGAGAAUAACGACAAGCCCGAGGUCCCGAUUCUAAAGCGCACCGAGCUGGUUGCCUUGUUCAACACUUACGCGAGGCUGAGCAGCAGCUUAAGCGCCAUUCAGAAAUUCAGGGUGAUGGUGGAAGAGGAUGAGACGGCCAAGGCGAUGGAGCAGCGCCUCAAGGAAGCCGAGAAGAUCAAUGUCAUCCCGGAUCGGGCAAAGAAGCCGGGUUACGUCACUGUCGCGGUCCCAGCUGAGGCUGUUGCCCCUGAAGUUGUCGACGAGGAGGCGGAAACCGAGUCGUCAGAGGACCAGAACCGAACCAUUAAGGACGAGUUUGAUGAUGAGCUUGAGAGGGUGUUCAAGGCUCUCAAAUACAUUGUUGGCAGCUGGUUUCGGCUCCCAAGUAUUCUAUGGCACAUCGUCACGUCCGAGUUGCGGCGUCUAUGGCAAUCUUUUAUCGGCCUACCCGUGAGCCCAAGAUCGUGGGGUUUCAACGAUCGAAUACUGGACGAGCUUUGAAAAGCCUGAUUUGAGUUGUGCAUCGCGUCAUCAGUCGUCAGAGCAGGACGCAGAAACGGUGUUUAGGUGUUACAAGGGACUUGGGUUUUAAUUCGAGGCAUCCAGC